AUGUCUCGACAGAUUCAGCAACCUUCUAAUCAGAUCAAGCUCACCAACGUCUCCCUUGUGCGACUCAAGAAGGGAAAGAAGCGCUUCGAGCUCGCCUGCUACAAGAACAAGGUCCUUGAAUGGCGAUCCGGCAUCGAAACUGAUCUCGACAAUGUUCUCCAGAUCCCAAACGUCUUUCUCAAUGUCUCAAAGGGCCAGACAGCGCCUCGCGAGGACCUUGACAAGGCCUUCGGCAAGGGCAAGUCCACGGACGAUAUCAUCCUCGAGAUUCUGAAGAAGGGCGAGAUGCAAGUCGGAGAAAAAGAGCGUGCUGCGCAGACAGAGCGUGUGCAUAACGAGGUCGUCAGCAUAGUCGCCAGUAAACUGGUCGACCCAAGGACUAAACGCGUUUAUACGUCUGGCAUGAUCGAGAAGGCUCUCGACAUGCUCAGCUCCCAGGCUCAUAACGCUACACCCGACAAGAGUGCCGCAGGAAGCGCUACAGGAACACCUGCAACUGGAGAGGCUGGAGAGGCUAAGCCCCGACCCCAGCACAACUGGACUGGUGUCAGUACGACCAAGAGCGCAAAGAGUCAGGCCCUUGAAGCCAUGAAGGCCCUCAUCGCCCAUCAGCCUAUCCCUGUUGCAAGGGCGCGCAUGAGGCUCCGUAUCGCUUGUACCACCAAUGUUCUCAAGCAAGCCAUUAAAGCACCCAAGGGCGCGAACAAGGAAGAGGAAGGCGAGCAAAAGGCCGUUGGCACCGUCAAGGACAAGAUCCUUAGCUACGUUGAACAGGUAGAGAGUCAGGAUGUUGUUGGAUCGGAGUGGGAAGUGGUAGGCUUCGUUGAGCCUGGUGCUUUUAAGCCCUUGUCUGAUUUCAUCGGUAACGAGACCAAGGGACAGGGACGAGUGGAAGUUUUGGACAUGGCUGUGACACACGAGGAUUAA